CUGCUCAUAGGAAAAGUUUUGAACAACCUACUUCAAUUCAAUCCAAUUUACCUCCCGAAUUCUUUAUCACAAUUAUAUAAUAAUUUACCUCCUCAAAUUCCAAUGACAAUACCUUUUGAUGUCCCUGCUCAGCAAUUAUAUUUGAAUUACCCUACUAGCGCAACUUCUUCGCCUCAGCAACAACCUUAUUACCCCCCUGGUUACGUUCCGGCCGAAAGCGAUAGGAAAGGAAAAGGCAAGGCUAAAAUUUCAAAGAAAUUAAGAAUUGGCAAUUAA